AUGUUCCUCCUCACUAUUGUUGCUAUCAGCACUUUGUUGGUGCUGCUUCUCUAUAAAUUUCUAAUUGCGCCAUACUUCCUGUCUCCUCUCUCUAGAAUCCCCAAUGCACAUUUCACAGCACCUAUCUCGGACUACUGGAUUGAAGGGAAGCGGCGGUCUGGGCAGGAGGUACUGACCAUCUACGACCUUCAUCGCAAGCAUGGGCCUGUCGUGCGCCUGGGACCCAAUGAGCUGAGCGUCAAUUCACUCCGGGGGCUCCAAGUCAUCUAUACCGGUGCAUUCGAGAAACACUCUUUCUACCGCGAUGCAUUUGUCAAUUUUCUUACGGAUAAUCUUGUGGGCAUGUUACCCAACAAUUCUCAUGCGCGACAGAAGCGUAUGCUGAGCAAGAUUUACUCCAAGUCAUAUCUGCACGAGUCGGCGGAUCUGCGCAAUAUUUCGUCCAUCAUUCUUUCGCAGAGGCUUCUCCCUAUUUUGAAAAAGGUUGCGGAGAAAGGAGAGGCGAUCAAUGUCUUGCCGCUGUUCCAGGCCGUGGGGAUGGAUUUUACGUCUGCGUUUCUGUUCGGCACGGCCAAUAGCACGACUUUUCUUUUCGAUCUCCCAGGAUGGGCGGAAUGGCUGGUGGAGUACGAAAGAUUCAAGUACUUGAGCUUGGAAGAGCGGUAUUUGGGCUUCAUCGAAAGCUGGUGUCUGUCUCUCUGCAGCAGAAUGCAAGGCAAUGAGCAUCCUAACGACGUGCCGGUUGCCACAAACCCGGUGGUGUAUACUCAGCUCCGCCAGGGUCUGGAGAAGCAUCCAGAUCAACGGCCUCUAGAGUUGGCGCUUGCAUCAGAGCUUCUCGAUCAUCUCGUUGCUGGACACGAGACCUCGGGAAUCACCUUCGUGUAUAUGAUGUGGGAGCUCUCGAAGCGGCCUCGGCUGCAAGCUGAACUUCGUCGAGAACUACUCACAUUAACUCCAUCCUUGAGAUAUCCAUCUGUGGAGUUGAGUAAUGAGGGCCUCCCAACUCUACCAUCACCAGCCGCUAUAGACUCUCUCCCUUUGCUGGAUGCGAUUGUUAGAGAAACACUCCGAGUGCACUCGCCUGCGCCUGCUCCGUUACCGAGAGUCACCCCCUCGUCACCAGGAGGCAUAAAACUUGAAGAAUACGAUCGUAUCCCCGGUGGAGUCAAAGUUAGUUCGUCCGCAUACACUCUGCACCGAAUCAGCGAGGUCUACCCCCAGCCUUUCGAGUGGCUGCCAGAGCGUUGGCUAGAACCAGGGCCUGGGAAAAUUCACGAUAUGCGGAGACUCUUUUGGCCGUUUGGAAGUGGUGGGAGAAUGUGUCUGGGUAGUAAUUUUGCUUUGCAAGAGAUCAAACUUGUCAUGGCUGCAGUUUACACCAACUAUACCACCUCUAUCGUCGAUGAUGAAUGCAUUGAGCAGGAUUAUGCUUUUAUUUCAUUGCCCAAGGGACGGAAGCUGAUGUUGAAAUUUACCCCUGUGAAGCUGUGA